AUGGCCACCACCGGGGCCCUAGGCAACUACUACGUGGACUCAUUCCUGCUGGGCACCGAUGCCGCGGAUGAGCUGGGCGCGGGCCGCUACGCGCCGGGAGCCCUGGGCCAGCCCCCGCGGCAGGCCGCGGCGCUGGCGGAGCACCCCGAUUUCAGCCCGUGCAGCUUCCAGUCCAAGGCGGCGGUGUUUGGCGCCUCGUGGAACCCGGUGCACGCGGCGGGCGCCAAUGCGGUGCCCGCGGCAGUGUAUCACCACCAUCACCACCACCCCUACGUGCACCCCCAGGCGCCCGUGGCGGCGGCGGCGCCGGACGGCAGGUACAUGCGCUCCUGGCUGGAGCCCACGCCCGGCGCGCUCUCCUUCGCGGGCUUGCCCUCCAGCCGGCCUUAUGGCAUUAAACCUGAACCGCUGUCGGCCAGAAGGGGUGACUGUCCCACGCUUGACACUCACACUUUGUCCCUGACUGACUAUGCUUGUGGUUCUCCUCCAGUUGAUAGAGAAAAACAGCCCAGCGAAGGCGCCUUCUCUGAAAACAAUCCUGAGAAUGAGAGCGGCGGAGACAAGCCCCCCAUCGAUCCCAGUAACCCGGCUGCCAACUGGCUCCAUGCUCGCUCCACGCGGAAGAAGCGCUGCCCCUAUACAAAACACCAAACGCUGGAACUGGAGAAAGAAUUUCUGUUCAACAUGUACCUCACCAGGGACCGCAGGUACGAGGUGGCCCGACUGCUCAACCUCACCGAGAGGCAGGUCAAGAUCUGGUUCCAGAACCGCAGGAUGAAAAUGAAGAAAAUCAACAAGGACCGAGCAAAAGACGAGUGA